CAAAUUCAUAGCACACAGAAGGUCCACAGAGAGUGUGAAGGACAGAAACUUGCCAAACAAGCACAUGUUGAUUCUGUUAAGCUGGACCCUUUCUCUUCAGGGAAGAAAACUAAUAUGCGGUUGUUUCAGAACGUGCAUCAGGAACAAAACAAUAUCAGCAUUAAAUCAUUGAGUAAAUAACAAGACAGACGAUCUUUGAAAAAACUGGUAUUAUACCUAGAAAACAGGAAAGCUUCUUAACCAACUUGUACUUUGCUGUGUUCUUAACAGGAGUUACUAAAUCGUUAAAGCAAAAGUCAGUCACUGUGCAUUUCGGAACUGUAAUUUGUUGCAAGCAUUCUGGAAUGGUUUAACUGUGCAAUUACAAUGGAUCAAAAUUAAAUAUAAGAUCUGAAUGCAACCUGAAAGCAUUCCCAUGUUAAGGCAGCUGCCUAUGUGUUAAGAAAGAUAAAUAAGUUUCUUUUUUGGACUACCACUUUGCAAAAUUUCUUUUUGUCUUCUCACUUUGCAGCCAGCUUUCUCGGGUUGUUAAAUCAUCUUUGGAAAGUGAGUAGUUUGCAAUCUUAGCUUACAGAAUGACUUUAGGCAAUUAUUCCAAUUCUUCAGGAAGUAUCAUUGGUGCAACUCCCCCCAUAAUCCCUUCCAUUAUGUUCAUUUUUGGAGUGGUGGGGAACUUGAUUGCAAUUAUUGUGCUUUGCAAGUCCCGUAAAGAGCAAAAAGAGACAACGUUUUACACCUUAGUUUGUGGUCUUGCAGUCACUGACCUAUUGGGAACAUGUUUGGUGAGCCCAGUAACCAUUGUCACUUACGUGAACAAAAAAUGGCCUGGUGGGGAUCCUUUGUGUGAAUACACUUCCUUCAUACUCUUGUUUUUUAAUCUUUCUGGGCUAAGUAUUAUUUGUGCAAUGUCCAUUGAAAGGUACCUGGCUAUUAACCAUGCAUACUUCUACAACCAGUAUGUGGACAAAAAGUUGGCAGGGCUGACACUUUUUGCGAUUUACAUCUCUAAUGUCCUCUUCUGUGCUUUACCUAGCAUGGGACUUGGAAAGUCCAUUAAACACUACCCAGAUACAUGGUGUUUCAUAGACUGGAGAACUAAUGUUACCAGACAUGCUGCCUUCUCUUACAUGUAUGCUGGGUUCAAUUCUUUCCUGAUCCUGGCUACUGUGAUCUGCAAUAUCAUGGUAUGUGUGGCACUGAUACAGAUGCACCGGCAAUUCGUCAGGCGGACAUCAUUGGGUACAGACCAUAGACUUGCUGAUCUACGGCAGCGCAGGAGUUUCCAUCGAAUGGCUGGGGCAGAAAUCCAGAUGGUUAUUUUGCUCAUAGCAAUUUCAAUUGUGGUUGUAAUAUGCUCCAUCCCACUGGUGGUGCGUGUCUUCAUUAAUCAGCUGUAUCAACCACCAGAAGAGAAAGAUAUAAAUAGAAAUCCUGAUCUGAAAGCCAUCCGCAUUGCUUCAGUCAAUGCUAUCCUGGAUCCUUGGAUCUAUAUACUUCGAAAGACAGUACUUCGCAAUCUAAUUGAGAAGAUUAAGUGUCUGUUUUGCAGAAUUGGAGGAGGACGACAGCAUUCACAUUCCAAUUUCAAUUGUACAGAAGCGAGACGAGCUUCUUCAACAGUCUCUAGCCAUUCUCCAUCGUUUGUUUCUAGGGAACUCAAAGAGGUUAACAGCACAUCCCAGACUUUGCUGUAUCCUCCAGAACUAAAUGACAGCAGCUCUGGGAGCAGAAUAUAUGCUGGGACAGGAGACGCACUGUCUCGCUCAAACAAUACUUCAUCCAGGACCUCAGGUUGCUCUUGCACUCUAAGUCAAGAGCACACAGAACAUUUGUCUUUAGUAGAUGAAACCAGUCAACCAAUCUCCGUAUCACAGACUCAGAAUGUUUCUGACCACAAAGAUAAUGUGUUAUGUGUGACUUUCACAGGUGAAUCCUUGGACUUAUCAGAAAAGUGUAUAUAAAUACAUGCCACUGUAAAUAAGCUUGCAAUUUAAGUUUGGUUCAUUGUGACAAAAUGCUUAUCAGGAGGUCUCUCACUAAUUUUCAGCUAUGGUCUUAAUAUAGUUUCCCACUGAGUAUGGAAUAUUUGUGGGUAAUUUUCUAACUACUGAGUAUAUGCCAUGUACAGUUGUAACAGAAGUAAGACAUCCUUGCCUCCAGGCCCUGGAGAAAUACUAGUCACUUCUUAUCUGAUACUGCAAGUUGGUACUUUUCCUUCAAACUGCUGCUUGUUUCUCAUGGAUGAAUGUUAAAAGCUGAACUGAGAGAUCUUACAUCUGGUACUGUAACUGAAAUGGCAGGCACUGUGAACAUUUCAAACAGUCUUGAUUGCCUGACCCCUUUUAUCUUUUAUCAAGCUGUCUGAAAGAGUAAUGUGAAUUUCUAAUUAUGUAAAUAGGCUAAGACAUGGAAUUAUUUAAAAUAUUUUCUUCUCUGUGAGAAGGAUUAUAAGAGGUGUAAAAAAUAUAUUUUUUAAUUUUACUAAACUGCUGUUGAAUCUGCAAUACAAAAUAUGUAAACGUC